CGAGAGACCUCAGUGAGGCAGGUUUGAUGAGAGAAAACUACAAAUAGCGUUAAUUAUGCCCCUUGAGGAAGCCAGCUAGAGUAGUAAGCCUGUUGGAAGUCAGUCUGUUGAGGACUGUUGCUGAAAGCAGUCGUCUUCUGAGUUUGCUGUUUGAUCUGUCCAACCUAGCUGAGGUAAGACGAUGACUCCUCUCCCGGGAGCAGAUUUGGUGACCAAGCCUUUGCAGCUGUACCGUUAUUUGCUUCGCUGUUGCAAGAAGCUGCCGGGAAAGAACGUCCAGGAACAUUAUAAGCACACCGUCCGGCAGAGCUUCCAAGUUCAUGCUGAUGAAGACAAUCCAGAGAGGAUUCGGCAGAUAAUCAAGCGAUCUAUUGAGGAUGCUGACUGGGUCAUGGAGAAAUAUAAGAAACAGAAGUGAAGCGGGGGGAAGAAGCCGCUGGAGAGCAAUGAAAGAGACUGGAUGGAGUAGACUACAUGAGAACUGAUGACUUCCUCAACAAAAUCCAUGCCUUUCCUUCACGGAUCAGGAAAUGGAAGGCAGCCAGCUUUGUCGCCACCACCUUGACUUCCUUUGAGGAACACUGUCUGCUAUCAUUGGUUAUUCCGCAAGCUAUUGAUCCAUCAUUAAGGACAACCAAUAUUUUAUUAAAGACUUAAAAUGCUGGGCUCCGUUAGCAAUGGAGUCAGAGUUUCCAGGAUAUAAUGGUGGCAACUCAGGGCAUUUCAAAUGGUUGGAACAGGUUGCUUAUGAUCUUCCAACAAAUGUAAUGAAUGGGUGACUAGAAUUCACAAAGUCAGCGUUAGGUUAGAAAUGGCUAGUAAAGACUGAGAAGUCUUUUUUAAAAAUCGGCAUAUGGUCACCUUACUUCUGUUCACAACAAAGGCAUGAGCUGAAUUUAGCACACAAAAAAGAUUCACGGAUCCACUGCGGAUUUUAAACUAAACAUCCACUGCCUGUACAAACAAGCACUGUGCCGUUUAUUCCAGUUUCAAUAAACAUGUACCAAAUUAUA